AUGGCAAUGGAAACGAUCUUGGGCAUAAAGGGCGAGGAUUGUGUGAUGCUUGCCUGCGAUACAAUGCAGGCGAAAUCUGUGAUCUUUAUGAGAGAUGACCAGCCGAAAAUUCAUCGCCUCUCCGACUUUGCAAUAUUGGCCGCAGUAGGCGAUGGCGGCGACACUUUGCAGUUCACCGAUUAUAUAGCGAAGCAUCUGAAGCUGUAUAAUAUAUCGAAUGGCUAUCAUCUGAGUCCGCGCGGUGCGGCGCACUUUACGCGCAAGAAUCUGGCGGAUUAUAUAAGAACCAAUACCAGGUAUCAGGUGUCGAUGUUGUUGGCUGGCUACGACAGCGUUGAGGGACCCGAUCUUCAUUUUAUCGACUCCUAUGGCGCCGCCAUGCCCAUCAAUCAUGCUGGCCAUGGCCUGGGCAGCCUCUUCUGCGGCAGCAUUUUUCAGCGGUAUUGGACGCACGAGCUGAAGCAGAAGCAGGCCUACAACAUAUUGAGGAUGUGCGUGGCCGAGAUCCAAAAGCGUUUGGUCAUCAAUCUGCGCAACUUCGACGUGUUCGUCGUGAACAGGAACGGAACGAGUCAGCUGGAAUCGAUAAAUCCGGCUUCAUUCGAUGCCGAUAUGCUAUGUCUAUCGCUGUCUACUAGUAUUCAAAACUAUAAUACAAAAUCGUUGAAAUAGGAAA